UUCCUUCCAAAAGCCAAGGGAGCAGAGGCAGCAGACAACAGAUGUAAGAGGGGUUCCCAUAUCUGUCAGUUUUCAAAGUGUUUGCAUUGAAAAGAGAGGAGGUGCCAUGUUGAUUGAUAUUUCAGUCGCAGUAUAUAAAGCAGAGGAAUUCUUCUUACCCUCUGGUUGUCAUACUGAUCUGCAUACUCUCUCAGCUGGUCUUGGGGCUACUACUUACUGCAUCUGAAAGACUGAAAUUCACUGGGAAUAAAGAAUUCUUGUAACAAUGCCGGAACCCACCAAGAAAGAUGAGACUGAAACAGAGAGUGCACCACCACCUCCAGAACAGAAAACACCACAGGAUGGUGGAACUGGAAAGGAUAAAGAUGAAGAUGAUACUUCAGUUAGUACUCCACCAGCAGAUGGGAUGUCUAAGCCAGCAGAAAGAAAAGAUUCAGUAUGGUCUAUUGGAGAAGGAGCUCCAGAAGAAUCAGAAAAACGUGAUGAUUCCCAAAUGUCCACUCUAUUCGUUGAAAAACCUCAGAGCGGUUCAGUGAGUGUUGGUGGGAAUAUUACAUUUAUAGCCAAAGUAGAAGCCAAAGAUCUUCUCCGAAAGCCAAAUGUUAAGUGGUUCAAAGGAAAAUGGAUGGACCUGGCCAGUAAAGCAGGGAAGCACCUGCAGCUGAAAGAGUCCUUUGAGCGUCACACUAAGAUUCACACAUUUGAGAUGCAUAUCAUUAAAGCUAAAGAAAACUACGCAGGGAACUAUCGCUGUGAAGUGUCUUACAAGGACAAGUUUGAUAGUUGCUCUUUUGACCUUGAAGUUACUGAGUCUUCCCAGGCUGCCCAAUCCAUUGACAUCAGAUCUGCUUUCAAAAGAAGCGGUGAAGGACAAGAAGAUGCAGGAGAACUUGACUUUAGUGGUCUCCUGAAACGUAGGGAGGUUAAACAGCAAGAGGAAGAACCUGAGGUAGAUGUGUGGGAGCUCCUGAAGAACGCUAAUCCCAGUGAAUAUGAGAAGAUUGCAUUUCAGUAUGGUAUCACUGACCUGAGAGGCAUGUUAAAGCGUCUGAAGCGCAUGCGCAGGGAAGUGAAGAAGAGCGCAGCUUUUGCCAAGGGUCUCGAUCCUGCAUAUCAGGUGGACAAAGGAGGUAAAGUAAGGUUCAUGGUAGAGCUCGCAGAUCCAACAGUGGAACUCAAGUGGUAUAAAAAUGGCCAAGAAAUACGACCAAGUGCAAAAUACAUUUUUGAGCACAAGGGUAACCAGAGAAUUUUAUUCAUCAAUAAUUGUACGAUGGCAGACGAUGCUCGCUAUUACGUAACAGCUGGUGAUGAGAAAUGCUCCACAGAACUCUUUGUGAGAGAUCCUCCAAUUUUGGUGACCAAAGGUCUGGAGGAUACCAGUACCUAUGUUGGUGAACGAGUAGAACUGAGCUGUGAAGUGUCUGAGGAAAAUGCAAAUGUGAAAUGGUUUAGAAAUGGUGUAGAACUUAGCGAUGAUCCUCACUCUCGGUAUCGAAUCAAGGUUGAGGGCAAAAAACACACUUUGGUCAUAGAGGAAGCUGCGAAAAAUGACAAUGCAACUUACUCAGUAAUGACAACUGGAGGCCAAUCAGAAGCUAAGCUUUCAGUUGAUUUGAGACCACUGAAGAUAUCACUUGCACUUGAAGACCAGACUGUGAGGCUUGGACAGGAAAUCCACCUGAAGUGUGAGAUAUCUGAGAACGUGGAAGGAAAAUGGUACAAAAAUGGUCAACUGGUUGAAGCUAGUGAUCGUGUAAAGCUUUAUCACAAAGGAAGAAUCCACAGAUUUGUUAUAGCAAGUGCUGCUGUUGAUGAUGAGGGUGAAUACAUGUUUGUACCAGAUGCCUACAAUAUUAAUAUUCCAUGCAAAGUACAUGUUGUGGAUCCUCCUAAACUCCACCUGGAUGGUCUUGGGGAAAAUAACACUGUGACAGUAGUGGCAGGAAGCAAACUAAGACUUGAGAUCCCUAUCACUGGUGAGCCAACUCCAAAAGUCGUGUGGAGUAGAGGAGACAAGGGGAUCACAGACAGUGGAAGAAUACGGGCAGAAACAUACCCAGACAGCAGCUGUCUGGUCAUUGAUGCAGCUGAGAGGGAAGAUUCAGGUCCUUUCAGAAUAACAUUAAAAAAUGAGGCUGGAGAAGACACAGCUCUAAUCAACAUUAAAGUGGUUGAUGUACCUGAUCCUCCUCAGGCACCAAACGUGACUGAGGUGGGUGAAGACUGGUGUGUUAUGACCUGGGAACCUCCAGCAAAUGAUGGUGGAUCACCCAUCUUAGGAUAUUUCAUUGAAAGGAAAAAGAAACAAAGCUCCAGGUGGAUGAGGUUGAAUUUUGAAUUGAUAAAAGAAACAACUUUUGAGCCAAAGAAGAUGAUUGAAGGUGUUGCUUAUGAGGUCCGUGUAUUUGCUGUUAAUGCAAUAGGCAUUUCCAAACCAAGUAUGCCUUCCAAGUCCUUUGUUCCUUUGGCUGUUACUAGCCCACCAACUCUCCUGGCAGUGGACGGAGUGACUGAUACCUCAGUUACAAUGAAAUGGAGGCCACCAGACCAUAUUGGAGCAGCAGGUUUAGACGGCUAUGUUGUAGAGUACUGCUUUGAAGGAAAUGGAUUCUCACAAGGUAUAUCGACAGAUCUGUCUGAGGAAUUGUUGGAGCCACCUUUUAACGUGGAAGCUGAUGAAUGGAUCGUGGCUAACCCGGAGCUGACAGACAAAACGAAAUUUACUAUCAAUGGCCUGCCAACUGGCUCAAAAAUCCUUGUGAGAGUAAAAGCUGUGAAUGCUGCUGGUGAAAGUGAGCCUAGGUACCACCCACAGCCUAUUUUAGUCAAGGAAGUGAUAGAACCUCCAAAGAUUCGUCUACCAAGACACUUAAAGCAAACCUAUACUCGAAGAGUUGGAGAAACUGUGAAUCUUGUUAUUCCUUUCCAGGGAAGACCAAGGGCAAAAGUAUCAUGGGAGAAAAAUGGUUCUCCAAUCGAUAAGAACCAAAUCAACAUCCGCAACACUGAAAACGACACCAUCAUCUUUAUCCGAAAGGCAGAAAGGUGCCACUCUGGAGAAUAUGACAUGAAAGUGGAAGUAGAGAAUUUGGUGGACAAAGCUACAAUAGAUAUUCAGAUAGUUGAUCGGCCAGGCCCACCAGAGAUUGUAACUAUUGAUGAUGUCUGGGGAGAGAACGUAAAUUUGUCAUGGAAGCCACCAAAAGAUGAUGGCAAUGCUGCCAUUACUGGCUACACUAUUCAAAAAGCAGAUAAGAAGAGUAUGGAAUGGUUCACGGUAAUGGAGCACUACCACCGCACCAGUGCCACCAUUAAUGAGCUCAUCAUAGGAAAUGAGUAUUACUUCCGCGUCUUCGCUGAGAACAUGUGCGGCCUCAGUGAGGAUGCAACAAUGACCAAAGAGAGCGCUUUGAUUGCAAAGGAUGGUAAAGUCUACAAAUACCCAGUUUACGAUGAUUUUGACUUCACUGAACGACCGAUGUUUACUCAGCCUCUAGUCAACACAUUUGCUGUAGCUGGCUACAAUGCUACUUUGAACUGCAGUGUUCGGGGCAACCCCAAGCCCAAAAUAACCUGGCUGAAAAACAAAGUCAUUAUAAUGAAUGACCCAAGGUACCGAAUGUUCAGCAACCAAGGUGUCUGUACCUUGGAGAUCCGCAAACCCAGUCCCUAUGACGGAGGUACCUACACCUGCCGAGCAGUCAAUACACUUGGAGAAGCAGAAGUUGAUUGCAAACUGGAAGUAAAAGGUGGGCUUUCGUUCUUCAGACUACUGAUGGAUGGCGUGCCUCCCCAUAUCAUUGAUUCAUACAUGCGUGAAAUACAGGCAGACAAAACUGAGGGGAAGUGAGAGUCCGUCCACAGUGUUUCCCCCCACUGCACUGGAAUUUGGUAGCAGAAUUACAGCAUUUUAUUUCUUGCAAUGACAGAACAAAUGUGCGGUUGGGGAAUUUUUUCUUUUUUUUUUUUGUUUUGUUUCUUAUUUGUUGUUUUCAUUUUCCCUACCUGCUCUUACUGAAAGGAAAGAAUACGCAUGGAUUGCUUUGGGUUGAAUUGAAAUGAACUGAAGACAACAAAUGUUUUGUUAAUGUUCAGCUGUUCAGCUUUAUUUUCUGUUUGAUACUGUGUUCUGUUUUUUAACGAAGAAAGAGGAGAAGCUGUGUAAUAAACCUGAGGAGGCAGUCAGAGUUUGUACUUGGUGGUACAAAGCAUAUCUUUCUUAGACUGAAAGUACACGGAUUAGCCAGUAGAUGUGCAAUAAGACCCUUGGAAAACAUACCUCUUUGAUAAUGUAUCUUAUUCACCUGAGAAUUGUUUAACAGAAUACGGCUUUACUAUAACAUACUUAAUGCAUAUGUACUUGAUCAUUUAUGCUGAAUAUAUCUUCCUUUAGAAGUUUUGGUUUCCUAAAUCCAACCCAUCAGUCUCUCAACUGAACUGAAAUUGUUUUAUUUAAUGUACAAUAAAUAUGAAGUGUUUAAGAUCUA